AUGGUAUCGCAAUUGGCCAUUAAAUGUUUGAAUUUUGACCGUGAUCAACCGUUUACGUUCCAAAUAGGCGCUGGGCAAGUGAUAAAAGGCUGGGAUCAAGGACUACUUGAUAUGUGUGUUGGUGAAAAACGUAAAUUAGUUAUUCCACCAGAGUUGGGUUAUGGUGAUCGUGGUGCUGGAAAUGUUAUUCCAGCAAAAGCUACACUCUUGUUCGAUGUGGAACUCAUCAACAUAAGUCAAUCACCACCAGCCACAAAUGUAUUCAAGGAAAUCGAUGAAAACAACGACAAGCAAUUGAGCCGUGAAGAGGUCAGCGAAUAUUUGAAGAAACAAAUGACAGCCGUCGAAGGACAAGAUUCAGAUGAACUAAAGAAUAUGUUGCGUGAAAACGACAAACUAGUAGAAGAAAUCUUCCAACAUGAAGACAAAGACAAGAACGGUUUCAUUUCACAUGAUGAGUUCUCUGGUCCCAAGCACGAUGAACUCUAAUCAUUUCACACAUUCAAAACAUUCGCACAAUUUAUUAUGAGAGGACUGACGUCGCGUACUGAUUUUAGACGUGACGCUUGAAAUUAACAAAAUGUCAAAUGAACAAAAAACUUCUUAAAAUCUAAUUUUAUACAAUAUAUGUAAUAUAUAUAAUUUGAAAUUUUGUUAAUAUAAUUCGCUAAGUUCUUCCUCAACUAGAUUUACUCACAAACUAUUUUAAUAAAUUGAGGUUCUACAGUUGUGCUUAAAAAAAUUUAGUUAGUGUUAUUUACCUUCUAUAGAUGUACUUUUAUGAGUGCAUAUAUAAAAAAAUAUAAAAAUUAUUAUAAUUAAAUUAUGCAUACUUCAGUAAAUUUUUC